CAUCGAACCGCUGACUCUUCAAACGGUUGUCGAGACAGCAGCGUGCGAUCGAUCGUCCUAAAGUCUACAAAUGUAAGGAAUAUUGCGCGCGUCUGUACGAUGUCGUUCUCGACAAUUCAUCUUCGCUGAAACUUUGGACGUGCGACAUUAAUCACAUUUCGUUUGGGUCAUGUUUGAUCUCUGCUAGGGACGGAUUAGACUUUCAAUUUAAGUUGUGCUCAUUCCUGUGCACUGCGGCAGGCCAAGAUUCUCCUUGAGAAUGAGAAACAUUUUAAAACGUGCGCGACGAAGCUUGUUAUAUCAAUUGCUGGUGCAGCGAUGAAUCUGCAGCGACGGAGAAUGAAGGCAGUGGGAAUUUGUGUCUUCAUCGUUUUCUUCAUUAUUCUGUUGCAAGGAGAAGCACAUGGGAAAUAUUUAGAGGGUCUCAACGUGAAUUUAGGAGAUGCCCUUUUAUUCCUCAGAGAAUAUGACAGCGCAGCUUCGUUAAUGUGCACGAGGGUAAUGACGGCCCAGUGGAAUUUCGCGACAAAUAUUACUGACGCGAACCAUCAGAAAAUGGUGGAUGAGCAAACAUUGAAAUUAAAGUUCGAGAGAGCUUCUUGGCGGAAGGCAGUUACUUUUGCCUGGAGUCGAAUACCAGAUCCUUUAGCAAGAAGGGAACUUAAAAUGAUUGCCACGAAGGGUCGAAGUUCCUUGACUGACGAUAAAUUUAACGAGAUACAUCGCUUAAUGACCGAGAUGAAGGAAAUCUAUAUUAAAGCCAAAAUAUGUCCAUACAAAUAUGUUGAUUCUAACUGCAAUUUGAGUCUAGAUCACGAUAUCAAUAAGCUGAUGGCGCAGUCAACAAACUACGACGAAUUAUUGUAUUAUUGGCAUGCUUGGCAUGAAGCGGUCGGGCCGAAACUUAAAAAUAAAUAUCUGAGAUACGUUCAACUGGCCAAUCGAGCAGCGCAAUUAAAUGGUUUCGCUGACGCUGGGGAUCAGAUGAAGGAAUUAUUCGAAGAUGAGUAUUUUCAGCAAAACAUAGCGAAGGUGAUGUCAGCCAUAACACCGCUCUAUAAGAAUCUCUUUACUUACGUGCGAUCGAAACUGAUCGAGAGAUACGGUGACAAAAUACGCGAGGAUGGGCCUUUACCAGCGCAUAUUUUGGGAAAUAUGUGGGCCCAAAAUUGGGAAAACCUGUUCGAGUUGGUGCAACCUUUCCCUGCAAGCAGGAAGCUCGAUGUGACCUUGGAAAUGAUGAUCCAGGGCAUCACUCCACUGAGGAUGUUUCAAAUAGCCGAGGAGUUCUUCACUUCACUCGGAAUGAAGCCAAUGCCGCCAGAAUUCUGGAAAUUCUCCAUGUUCGAGAAACCUAUUGAUAGGGACGUUAAAUGUAGUCCCAGCGCGUGGGACUUUUGCAAUAAAAUCGAUUACAGGAUAAAGCAAUGUACCCGAGCUACAUUAGAAGAUCUACUGUCGACGCAUUACGAAAUGGCACACUUGCAAUAUUAUUUGCAAUACAAAGACCAUCCGUUACUAUUUCGAAAUGAAGCGAUCCCUGGUUUCCGCGAAGCUGUUAGCGAUGCAAUUGGUUUAUCCAUUUUUACUCCUCAACAUUUACACAAAAUCGGGUUUCACAGUAAUUUAACGAAUGAUUAUGACAGUAACAUAAAUUUUCUAAUGUUAAUGGCUCUCCGUAAGGUAGCUUAUAUGCCGUUUGCUUACAUAGUUGACCAGUGGAGGUGGCGUGUCUUUAGCGAUGGUGUGGAAGAUAUGACAGCACACUGGUGGGAAUUGAGACUGCAGUAUCAGGGUAUUGUUCCACCAGUGCCUAGAUCCGAAAGAAAUUUCGAUCCAGCUGCAAAGUAUCAUAUCCCAGCGGACAGUCCUUAUGCUAAGUAUUUUGUAGGCGUUGCUCUACAGUUCCAACUGUUCCAGUCAUUGUGCGAAAUCUCUGGUCACAUUGGCGAGUUGCACACUUGCGAUCUUUACAGGUCACGAGAAGCAGGUCGAUUAUUAUCGGACGUUCUGUCGAUGGGAGCUUCGAGACCAUGGCAGGAUGUUGUCAGGCAGAUGACGAGAGGUAGGACGAAUAGGAUAGAUGCUGGUGCCAUGCUCAAAUAUUUUGAGCCUUUGAAUGCGUGGUUAAAACGACAGAAUGAGAUGCAGCCUGUGAUCGGUUGGAUUGCAAGUCACGACGAUAGAGUAGGAAUCUUUCAUUUUGUUUCAGCACUGUUAUCUCAAUGGUACCAAAAUGGUGCGCAGCGACUAGAAUUGUGCAGUCUAUUUUCUCUGCUGUUUGUAGUUGGCAAAGUUUUUAUUUAUUAAUAAUUAAUAUAUGAGGUGACGCAAUAUAUUUAUACGUGUAUAAAUCUUCUUACGUAUCAUGAUAAGAGAAAUAUUAAUUUUUAAGUUUAAUUAUUAUACAUAUGAUAUGAUAAAAAUAAAAUCAUUAGAGCAAAAGACAGGCUGA